AUGGAGAAUGUUUGCAUGAAUGAUGCGAGUGAACCUGAGUUUGGGAUGUUAUUCAACUCAGAACAGGAUGCAUACGAUUAUUACAAUAGUUAUGGACGGGAAAUGGGGUUUAGUGUUAGGAGACACUUUGUGAAUAAAAGCAAGAAAGACAACACGACUAUAACAUCUAGGGGAUUUGUCUGUUCAAAAGCUGGUUGUCGGUUGAGUGACAAGCGAGACAUCAAUAUUGUUAACCCUCGAGCUGAGACAAGAACAAAUUGCGAGGCACGAAUGAACAUAUAUUUGGUUGAUGAGGGAAAAUACAAGUGCCGUGACUUUGUGAGAGAACAUAAUCAUGAGCUUCAUACUACAUCAACAGUUCAUAUGAUGCGUUCACAAAGGAAUAUGUUAGACAUACAUAGGUAUGAAAUUGAUUUGGCAGAUGACUCGGGAAUCAGGCCUAGAUCCACAGUUGAGUUGAUGGGUAGGCAUGCUGGUGGGAUUGAAAACCUAAGUUAUAUGACUCAAGAUGUUAGGAAUUAUCUUCGCACUAAAAGACAACGUGCCUUAACAUAUGGUGAAGCAGGUAGUUUGAUGAAGUACUUUGUUACCCAAACUAGGAACAACCCAUCUUUCACAUACUCAUUUCAGCUGGAUAGUGAAGAACAAAUAACUAACAUAUUUGGGAUGGGAAAAGGAUGGCAGUCCCAGGUAGCAGGUUAUUGUGGGCUUCGUGCAGGCUGCAAAGAGACUGAAGACAGUCUGCAACUGACCUUGAUAGAGAUGAAAAACUUUGUAUUUCGAUUUCGGCACUAA